ACAAGCUAAAAAAACCUAAACGGGCGUUUCAGAUUACAUUCAUUAAUUGGAAAUUCGUUAAAAUUUGCGUGGUUAUUUUUUUAUAUUGCUGGAAAUUAAAUUUGUAACAUGUUAUUUGUCGAAAUUAAUGUUUAAAAAAACAUUGUAAAAACCCAAAAUUUCAAACCAGUUUCUAAUGAAAGGAAAAAAGUGUUCUCAAGUACUUUGGAAAAAAAGUGUUCUCAUAAACAAGAAUCUUGAGGAAAAAAAAGUGGGUGAAAUUUAUAUAAAAAUCGCCGCAUUUAGAAAAUUAAGUUAGUUAUAAAACUUAACAAUUCACUGAAUCAAUGUAAAGCGAAAGAAAAGGAAACGGAUAUCAAAAAUGGAAGGAAAUUUCAGUAAGCAAUCUCUUAAAAUCUUCACUAUGUUAUUUCUCGUUUGGAUUCCUCUAACCUAUGCUUUUCCCUCACCCUCGACCGAUGAUAAUAUGAUCCAUAACAAUAAUUACGAUAUGAUUAUGCCCGAUGAUCAUGAACCCGCUGAAUCUAUACAUUUUCAAAAUUUCGAUGGUUUCUUUAAUGCCGAGGUAGUGGCCAACGAUGCCAUGUCCGAAAUGGAAAUGGAUGAGAGUCGUAAUUCGCCUAAGAUACGUGCUCCUCAAGCCUUAAGUGCUAAAGAGAAACGUUUACGGGAACAACUUGAAGAAUUGGAUGUGCAGCGUGAAAAACGUAUACAACGAUCAUUAACUAAAGGAUCCACUCGUCCACGUGGAAAUGUUAACGAUUGGGAUCAAUUUGACUAUGAGAUGUUUGUGAAACAUCGUUAAAAUGUUUUGUGUGUGUUUUUUAACG